AUGGCGUCGCUUGUGGGUGCAGUCGCUAUUCUUCAAGCUCAACUCCACGGCCGACGACAGCCUGCGUUCGCAUGGGAGUUCAACGCAACAAUCAAUUUGGCGGUCACCUAUCUAGCCAAGCAAGCACCUUGA